AUGGCUGCGAAGUUCGUAGACCUCUUACAGCAAUAUGCACAAAGGAGGAGUAUAGACACAAGUAAAGAGGAAGGCCCCGGGAGUUUUCCGGAUUUAAUUUGGAAAGAUAUAGAAAAUAUUUUCAACGAAUUAAUGAUAUAUAAAAAAAGGCCAGAGUCAAGUAUACAUACAUUGUGUUCACACCGUGGAGAGAUCAAUGGCAGGAAACUGCAAGGUGCUGUACAGAGGGUUUUGUGUGUAGAAAUAAUGAAAGUAUUUUUUUUUAUGGAUGGAAUUAAAAGUACGAAGGAUGCAGGAUCAGUUUUACACAAGGACGAGCACGAGUUAGUACAAUACCUCAGGUGCAUUAUAGGAAGUGUUUAUUUAUUAAAAUGGUCUAAGGAUAAAUGUCAGAUGAAUGGAGUUAUUGAUUACGUCAGGGAUGCAAUGCCAGGUAUAGUAGGGCUAUAUGGAGCAAGUGGAGGAAGUGAUAAGUGUGAUUGGAUAAACAUGGAACACAUAGGGAUUGGGGGCAGAGUAGUUGCAGCGGAGGUACAGAACUGGAUGGACAAGAGUAAAGCGAGGGACAGAAGAAUUGCGCAAGGCAUUAAGAUAUGUUCACAGGAGAAACAUAGGGGAAAGCAUACAUCCGAGGGCACGAGUAACACAGGAACAGGUAUAUUAGAGUUAUUAAAGCACCAGGAUGACGGCGCGAUCCGGAAGUUUAUUCAUGAAGAGCAGCAUAUGCCAAAGGCGGUUGCACAGGAAAUAAUAAGAGGAGUAGGACGCGGACAAAUAGAUGCCAACAAAUUACAGGACAAAAUAAGCAAAGGGGUAAAGGAAGGGUGGUCUACUGGAGAAGGUACAGAAGUAAACGGGCAGCCCACAAGAGAACCUGAUGCCGAGUCCAAAGAUACACAAACCAAAGGGGGCACAACCCGUCCGGUGCACACAUCAACAACAUCACCAACGACCAGGUCAGGCACGGGGACUGAGGAUGGAUCGACUACCGUUACCAAACCAGCCCCGCCCCAACCGGUAGCACCGGAAGGAACGGAAACACCACAGGCACCGACAGCCGCGGACAAGAAACCUAAGAAAGAGGAAGCACCCCCAGUUAAGGUACCAGAGGUACCACGGGAGGUUAUUCCGGAGGAGAAGAUACCAGUACCAACACCUCCAUCGGACGCACAGGCACCAGCCGUAGGACCCGGAGGAAGGUCUGACACACCACCAGCGGAUGCUUCUGUGGGCACACAAAAGGGGAAAGACGAGGAAACAGCAGGUAAGUGCACGAGAGAAACCACGGUAUUUACACAUAGCAACACAGCAUUCGGCCUCAACGGAGCCCGCGCAACCAUCACCCUUUCCAUUGCAUCCAGCUCGGAAAACGCUGAUGACUGUGACACGACGCCCCAAGACUCGGGACCAGGCGAUGCCGUCGUCGAUGGCGGUAAUGGCGCGGGCAAUGAUGACCCCCCUCCUCUCAAUCCACCCAAACCAAAACCGAACCCGAACCCAAAUCAAUCGGGUAGUAGUGGCGGCAGCGGCGGCGAACCGGAUUCAGUAGGUGGUAUUUCUGGUGGGGCAGCAAAGGGAGGUGCUGGAGGCGGUAGCAGUGGUGGUGUAGGAGCCAGUAGUGGUGGUGGCGGAGGAGGAGAUGGUGGACGAGGUGGAGGUGGUGGUAGUCAGUUAACCUCUGGCUCCAGUAAUCAGAAUGAUCAGGACACAGGGAAUACUACCCAGGCGGGCACUAAGCCGUUCGAAGUUGACCUUGCUUCACCUGCACUCAACAUAGAAGGUGCCACAGGAGGAUUCGUACCACCGGUUCCAGCAGAUGGACACGUCAGUUCAUCGGGUGAGACUCCACGUGACUAUGCUGUCCCAGACCUAACCGGCACGGUGCUUACCGCCACUACUCCCAUCCUGUUUUUUCUCACUUCCGUCACCGUCGCCCUUCUGGGUUAUUCCCUCUGGAAGUACUUUGCGCACCUCGCCAAACGACGACGAACAUAUCGAAUCGUUCGUGACGUGCCGUCACCGCCACUCGAAGAAGAAAUAUUGCAACAUCUACAACGAGGCGACCUGCCGCCACCCGAUUACGGGUACACCAUGGUUACGCAACCUGCGUCCACAUCCGGUAGAGGCCGCCCCCCACGCGUGCAUAAGCGCACGAUCAUCGAGCUACACUUAGAAGUGCUGAACGAAUGUGCAGCAACCGAGUGGGAAAACGUCAAAGACGACUAUUUGCAACUACUCGUUGAACAGUUUAUGGCGGGCAACACCACGUGUACAAGUAGCUCGGAUGUCUGCACCCCAGACGACGGUUUCGCAACCCAGGACUCAACAACAAACGCCGAUUCACGCACGCGGGAUACACCCACCUAUUCCGACGAACCUGAUGCAUGUCCACGUAACGACGAGGACCCCGAUCCAUGGAGUUCUAUGGAACAUAUCGAGUUAGCUGCACAACAGAAUGCUCAUUCCAACCCCGAGCACGCGCCGUCGUACUGCAUCCAUUGGAUUAACUGGAUUGAACAACGCAAACAUAUUCUGCGGCAGUGCACGACGCAGCCGUGGUUUUUGCAAUUAAAGGCGGAAUGGAAACAAUAUCUGCGUGAGCACAUGGUGGCAAACGCGGCUCACGGAGUAUACGUGCAGCGUGCCUUCGGUGAAGUGGCAACCAUGGAAAGGAACAAACUGGAUGCAUGGAAAGAAUGGGUUGCAAAACAACAUGAGCUUCUGAAUAUACAUGGUGAGGAGGAGUGGUUUCAACACCUAUGGAGUAAUAUCGAGGAGACCGGAGUAGUAACAGAGCACGACGGCAUGCCGGAACAGAUACGAAUGUUGGAAGGAGUGAGUCACAUACACACAGUAGAUGAAAAACCGACCACAUUUGUAACAGAACACGGGCCAACUGUAGAAAAAGGUUUACAAGUACAAGAAGCACUGGACGGCGGAUCAGCUUUGAAAGUGCGACAUGUACCACGGCCCCAACCACUGCAUAAGCAACCUUACAUGAAAAAACCGUUAACCGCUACAAUAUGGAUACUGAUCCUGGCAUUAGUCAUAGAACAGUGCGAGGUCGAACGCAAUUUGCAAGAGACGGAGUUAUAUGUGGAUGAACUAUUGCAGCAACUGUGA